AAAAUUUAAAAAUUACUUAAGUGUUCCGCGUGUCUUUCCACUCCAAAUAGCCGGCAAAUUAUUCCGGAAUAUCUUCGCCCAGCAGGCGGUAUAAAUCCAUAAAGCGAAGAGGUCGACGCGAUAGUGCUUAUCGGUUAUCGCUUUGGGGGCGAAAAAUUACGUACAAGUGUCGUUAAACUUUGGAUAUGCAAACAAACUACUGAUACACUUAAUGGCAAUAGCACAGCCAACACUACCAACAACACAGCCCCAUGAAUAACCGCUUAACGAGAGCGCUGCCCAAAUAUUUGCCCGGCCAUAAAGCGUGUGACAAUCCAAGAAGCUAGCGAUGACGAUUGCAGCUCCACCGAAGGUUUUUGGUUUCCUCGUGGAAAACAUGUUUAUGCAUAUGAAAGCCGCCGCCACCGGCAAAGUUUGAUAAAGCGUCGUCGGCGAGAUUAUGCUGGAGAAUAUAUAAAUCCCGGCCGGGCCAGAACACAGCACAGUUCAAAUCCAGCCCUACAACUAAGAGGCAAUUGAAAUCCAAAGGAAAACAAAGAGCAACAAUGAGCCAACAAGUGUUUAUAGUCCUAGCUUUGGCCUUAACCGCCUGCCAGGCACAUCCCUAUGUGUCCUACGACGAUGUUGAUGACACGGAGGUCAUCGAGCUGCCCGGCAACGGCAUCGAGGAGGCACCACCCACUCUCGGCAAGGACAUCAUCGAUCUCACCCCGCUGGGAACGGCUCUAUUCGGCAAACCGGAUGAGGAGCAGACGGCCAGUCGAGUGGGCAACUUCAGUGCCGAUGCGGAUGAUAUGAAUCCGGAGGAGCUGGGCAGCUACCUGGAGGGCGAUAUGCUGGUGCCGCAAACGGAUCUGAUCAUGAAGAACGGCCUGCCCACCCAAUCCUCCCGUUGGCCCAAUGGCGUGGUACCCUACGAGAUCCGUGGCAGCUUCAAUGCCCGGGACAUGGCCACCAUCGAGAAUGCCAUCGCGGAGUACCAUCGUCGCACCUGCAUACGGUUUGUGAGGCGCAGCUCGGAGCGGGACUACAUCUCCAUUCGGGGCGACAACUCCGGCUGCUGGUCGUCGGUGGGUCGAGUGGGUGGCAAGCAGGAGGUGAAUCUGCAAUCGCCCGGCUGCCUCAGUCGUCCCGGAACCGCCAUGCAUGAGCUGAUGCACGCCUUGGGCUUCCUGCACGAACAGAAUCGCAUGGAGCGCGAUGGCUACGUGGCCAUCCAGUACAAUAAUGUCCAGUCCUCGGCCAUGAACAACUUCGAGAAGGCCGCUCGCACCGAGGCCUUUGGAGUGCCCUACGACUACGACAGCGUGAUGCACUACUCCAAGAACGCCUUCUCCAUCAACGGACAGCCCACCAUUGUGGCCAUGCAAGCCAAUGGAGCCGAAAAGAUGGGCCAGAGGAAUGGCUUCUCGGACCUUGACAUCCAGAAGCUGAACCGCAUGUACGAUUGUGGAACUGUGAAUGCUGUUCCGGUGUCUCCGGGUUUCCCUGCUCCUGCUCCGGUUCCGGCUCCUGCACCUGGCGCCAUUGCUGGCAGUGGCAAUCCCAUCGUGGACAGCUUCCUCGGCGGACUGAUCAGCGGGCUGGGCCUGGGAGAUGAGAAAAAGGAGACAAGCUCUUAAAAAGAACUUGGCCGCAGAAACUACUAGCUCGUACGAUCGAUCACCCACGCUCGAAAAUAUUUAAAGCAUCCCUCACAUACCAACAAACAACUAGCACCAAUAUUUGAAUCUCUAGCUUAGUCAUUAACUAAUAAAAUCUAGCAUCAAUUGAAACAA